CUGCAGGUGUCUGGUUUCUCGUGCUGGAGGCGGGUCCGUGGGGGGGUGGUGAUGAAGAGGAGGAGACUCGGACUGAAGAGCAGAUCCACAUUCAGACUCUGAGUUGCUCUUCUUUGUUUCUCAUGAAGGUUCUGAUGGACAAACUGUUAAACCGGAUCAAACCGGAUUAAAGACUAGAGGACCAGCAGGGACCAGCAGGGACCAGGACCAGGACCCGGACCCAGACCAGCAGGGACCCGAGCCGGAUCAGAGGCGGACCAGAGGAGGACAGAGGUUCAGGUCUGGUUUCAGAGUCCGGAUCCGGAUCAUGGGUCUGUAGGACGGGCGGACUGUAGGUGAACUUUGAUCUGGUCUCCAUGGAGACGGACUGACCCCCCCGCUGUGAUCAGGUAUCGAUCCUCUGUAUUGAUCCGGAUCGAUCAGCGGGAUGGCGCACGCGCUCCCGCUGCUGCUGCUCGCGCUCUGGACCUGCGGACACGCGGAGAGCGCGCGACCCUCCUACAGCCUCUACACCGGUGGGCACGCGCACGGGGCACGCGCAGCCAGCAGGCACAGGAACUGGUGUGCGUUCGUGGUGACGAAGACAGUGAGCUGUGUGGUCGAGGACGGAGUGGAAACCUACGUGAAGCCUGAUUAUCAUCCCUGCAGCUGGGGGAGCGGACAGUGCAGCAGGGUGGUGGCCUACCGGACCUACAUGAAGCCGCGCUACAAAGUGGCCUACAAGAUGGUGACGGACAUGGAGUGGAAGUGUUGCCAUGGUUACAGUGGAGAGGACUGCAACCACGGUCCGGUUGGGGGAUCGGGAACCCAGAUUUCCACCACCAGACCUCAGCCCAGACCGGGACAGGCAGGAGGAGGAGGUUGGGGAGGAGGAGGAGGUAUGGGAGGAGGAGGUCUGGGAGGAGGAGGAGGAGGUCUGGGAGGAGGAGGAGGAGGUCUGGGAGGAAGAGGAGGUCUGGGAGGAGGCAGUUCUGGAACUGGACAGAGUGGAGGACACAGCGGAGGACGAGCUGAGAACGAGAAGAUGAGGCAGCUUGAGGAGAAGAUCCAGAGUCUGACCAAGAACCUCCAGGACCUUCAGUCCAGCGUGAACGAACACUUUCAGCAGGAGGGCAACAGGCCUGGCUUCAGUGGAGGAGGAGGAGGAGGCUCUUCAGGAGGAAGAAACCCCGCGGAUGCAGCUCAGCCGGAGAUUAAAGAGACAAUUCACAGCAUUCAGACCAAACUGGACCAGCUGGACAACCGCACGCAGGCUCAUGAUAAAACGCUGGUCAGCAUCAACAAUCACCUGGUGAACGGGAAGGGGAACGACCUGGAUGGAGGUCUGCCUGAAGGAGGACUGAAUACGCUGAAGGAGGAGAUCCUGAGGGAGCUGGAGAGGAGGGUGUCGCUGUCCUGCUCCUCCUGUCAGGCCGGCGUGGAGGAUCUGCGCAGACAGCAGCAGGAGGACAGGGAGAGCAUUCGAGCUCUGGAGAAGCAGCUAAACGCCAUGGACGUUCGGUAUCGGCAGGGCCUGGACGGGCUGCGACGGGACGUGAUGCGUUUGAACGGAUGCUGCGACACCGUCAGUGACCUCCAAAACCGCGUCACUGAUGCCGAGCGCAAGAUCAGCUCCGCCUCCGAGAACUUUGAUGUCCUGCAGAACCGUCUGGACAGGGAGCUCAGCGGAGGAGGCGGCAACAGAGGAGGAGGGUUUGGUGGCGGCGGUGGAGGAAUCGGGGGAGGCGGGAGGGACUUCGCGGUGACGGAGGAUAGACUGGACUACCGGCUGAAGGACCUGGAGCGGCGGAUCAACAGCACGGUGCAACGGACCGAGCAGAGCUGCUCGUACCUGGAGAACGACCUGAAGGACUACUUCCACCGAGAGCUGGGGGACCUGAGGACCGUGUUCCUGGACCGGUUUGACGACCAGGCCUUCAGGAUCGCUGACGUGGAGCUGGACGUGGGGCUGGUGAAGGACAGGGUGGGCGACCACGGUAAGAGGCUGUCGAAGCUGGAAAACAACACGUCCGUCUUGAGCCGGAGGCAGGAGGAGUGCCGCUGUGGAGGGGCUGAAGGAGGCGGAGGAAGAGGAGGAGGCGUUGACUGGGGAGAUGGAGGAGGAAGGUGGGGAGCAGGAGGAGGAGGAGGAGGAGGAGGAGGAUCAACAGAAGGAUCUGAAGGAGGAGGAUCCAUAGGUGGAGGAUCAACAGGAGGGUCUACAGGAGGAUCUACAGGAGGAUCUACAGGUGGAGGAUCUACCGGAGGAGGUAGAGGAGGGUCUACAGGAGGAGGAUCAACAGGAGGAGGAUCUACAGGUGGAGGGUCCACAGGAGGAGGGUCUACAGGAGGAUCUACAGGUGGAGGAUCUACCGGAGGAGGUAGAGGAGGGUCUACAGGAGGAGGGUCUACAGGAGGAGGAUUACCUGGGACGGGAGGAGAAACAGAGAGUACCACGGAGAAAUCUCUGGAGUGGAGGGUGGUCGCCAACGAGGAUCAGAUUCGACACUUUAACACUCGAAUCAAAGACCUGUCGGUGUCCGGAGACUCUCUGCACGACAAGGUCGGGGACCUGAGCCACGAUGUGCGUAAGAUCAAGGCGCUGACCGGGGACCACGGCGAGCACUUCAACCGCAUCGUGACGGAGGUGGAGACGCUGGGCCAGGACUGCGAGCUGUGCGGGAAGGUGGAGGACGAGCUGCGGCGGCUGAAGAAUCACUCCCAGGAUGCACUGGGGCGCAUGCAGAGCCACAUCAACAGACUCCAGGUCAGACUGGACUCGGGGGGGGACCCGGGCUGCUUCCAGACAUGUUCGCAGCUGGAGGACGAAGUCCAUCUGCUGCGAGACGACGUCCGGAGGUGCACCGGCCAAUGUAAGACCAGCCCGGACACGCCCACAGGUGGUGGUUCUGGUGGCUCUGGUGGUACCGGUGGACGCGGGCCUGGGUUGGAUGCUGAGAAGCCUUUAGACGGCCACAGUGUGAUCGGAGGCUCCAUCAACAACAACCAGCUGAAGACGCUGCAGGGCGAACUGUCCGGGGUCAUCCUCACCUUCAGCUCCAUCAACGACACCCUGAAGGGGCUCGAACACACGGUGCAGAAACACGGCAGCGUCAUCACCGACCUUGGAAACACCAAAGAUAAGAUCAUCUCCGAGCUGGACAAGAUCCAGCAGGAGGUGACGGAGCACAUCGAGGAGAGCCGCGACCGUCUGGACGGGAUGGACCGGGACGUCCGGCGGUUCGAGGGCACGCUCCUGGUGGAGAUGGGAGACUGCAAGAGGUCCGGAGACGGGCUGGAGAAAAGGCUGUCCAAGCUGGAGGGAGUCUGCGGGAGGCUGGACGGUGUCUCCGACUCCAUCGUCAAGAUCAAGGAAGGACUGAACCGACACGUGUCCAGUUUGUGGACGUGUGUCUCUGGUCUCAAUGAGUCAGUGGUCCAUCACGGAGGAAUCCUGGACGUCGUCCAGAAGAACCAGGACGACGUCUACGGCAGGAUGAAGAACCUGAACUCCAGCCUGAACCAGGUCCUCAAAGACCUGCAGAGUUCCUCUGAGCGCGACCUGACCGGAACCGUGCUGCUCAACGGAGGCCUGCCUGGACCCCCAGGACCCCAAGGAGAGAGAGGCUUUAACGGGCCGCUGGGUCCACGAGGGCCUCUCGGACCUCCAGGACGACCGGGUGAAAGUGGAUUACGCGGUCUGCCCGGUCCCAAAGGUGAAACAGGUCUGUCCGGCGCCGACGCUCACGUACCCAGACUGUCGUUCUCCGCUGCUCUCACGGUUCCCAUGGAGAGAGCCGGAACCAUCGUCUUUGACAAGAUCUUCGUCAAUGAAGGAGACUUCUACGACGCCAGAACAGGUAUUUUCACCGCUCCCGUCGACGGACAUUACUUCUUCAGCGCCAUCCUGACGGGUCACAGGAACGAGAAGAUCGAGGCGGUUCUGUCCAAGUCCAACUAUGGCAUGGCGCGGGUGGACUCCGGAGGCUACCAGCCCGAAGGCCUGGAGAACAACCCCGUGGCCGAGGCCAAAACCACUCCGGGAUCUCUGGCUGUCUUCAACAUCAUCCUGCCCCUGCAGACCCGGGACACGGUCUGCAUCGACCUGGUGAUGGGCAAACUGGCCCACUCCGUGGAGCCGCUCACCAUCUUCAACGGCAUGCUGCUGUACGAAGACAUGUGACGGGUUCACGCUGAGGCCAGGUUCACGACUAACCCCCAAAAGUACGAUGUCACUUCCUCAUUCGCGAGUGACCCCAAACUGACGACAGAAUAUUUUAAAUGAGCCUUCAGUCCUGAGCAGGUUUCUGUCUCCGUAUUCUAACAGAUCACAUUAGUUUGACUGGUUUUUAUAUUAUUCUGUUUAUGUCACUUCACAUGUGGACGACAGUCACCGUCUGACUGCCUUAAUCCAGUCAGCUGAUCUGAUUAGACCAGCACUGUGAGGACGCAUGUCCCUGUAAACCAGGACCAGCACUGUGAGGACGCGUGUCCCUGUAAACCAGGGAAGCCAGCGUAGGACUGACUUGAGAUAUGUGAAUGGACCACGGUGUUGGACGGUAAGGACGGACGCUCGAUGCAAUCCUUAAGCCCCGCCCCCGGCAGAUUGGACGUUGUCAUGGCAACAUGUGACGGUGUGACUUUUAAAUAUGAUGAAAAAACAAAGAACAUUUUUUUUUUUUUUUGCUAUGAAGCUUUAUAAAAGCAGAAUGUUUGAGAUGAGUUCACUUUGUGAAUGUUUUAUGUUAUUAAGCUGCAGCGGCUGAAUAUUUAAAAACAUUAUCACGUAAUUUCACUUUGAUUUGACGAGGCUGAAAAACACAUUUUAUUACAGUCAACACAUCCCAAUUAAAGGAGGAAUAUUCAGAUCAUUUAACUGAAGUAAAGUGGUAAUAACCAAAUAAGCCUGCAUUCUAAAUGUUAUUUAAAUAAACAAAAUAUUGGAGUUUUCUCAUCAAAAAUGUACUUAAAGUAUUAAAAGUAAAAGUGCAACGAUGGAGAAGUGAUAUCAGGCUUUGAUACACGAGUGUGAACAUGGGAAUUAUUGACAAAAAUAGACAUAUUUCAGUAUCACCAGACUGAUGUGAACAAACUCACAACAGAUCAACACAUUCAACGGCUCCGUCCGUCAUCAGUUACUGAACAUGGUGACGGCUUCACAUCAGUAACAAAAAGGUAUUUAUAACACUUCUGCUACUCUGAGUAUCAUCUUCAUUUACACCAAGAAAGGAAAUCUUUAUUCUCUGACAGGCUCCAGCUCCAGUUUUCAUGUAAAACCUGUUGUUUUUUACACUUCACACUUUUAUAUUGAUGAAUAAUUUUCACUGUCAUUAAAGUAAACACGAGUCAAACCCA